GGUUUUUAAAUCCCCACCCCGUGGGUUCCCGGAUGUGCAUCACAAAGGCAAGUGUGCCGCUGACAUGCAAAAAAGACAACACGUCGCCUUCUUUCUGACUUCUUUGGGACGUUCUAGCGACGUUUUCUACAACUUCUGUGUCUCCUCUCCGAAGCACAAGACACUUUCCAGAACAUGGCGGAAGGAGGCUUUGACCCUUGUGAGUGUAUCUGCUCCCACGAGUAUGCCAUGAGGCGCCUCAUCAACCUGUUGAGGAACUCUCAGUCCUACUGCACCGACAUGGAGUGUCCAGCAGACAUGCCCGGACCCAGCAUGGAGGGUCUGCUGGAGGGCGGGGGCGACCUGACCCUGCCCAUGAUGCUGAUAGGCUGGCUGGUGCUGGCCGUCGUCCUCUUCCUGCUGCGCCCCUCCACCCUCAGAGGAUCCUCCUCCGCCGCCAAGCCCGACCCCGCCCACAGUAGCGAUGAGCGGGAGCCGCCAGCGCCCCCUGUGGACUAGUCAGGGCCGGGUGGAUCCUUCAUCUCCGUCUUCUUUUCCAAACUUCUGCAGGAUUUUCUUCAUUAAAUCCCAAUUGAUGCUUCCAGUUGUUUGGGUUAGUCCGUCAAAAAUAAAUGUUCCUGUGUGAAAGGAGACACACGUGCUCUACUACAAACCCUGUUUCCAUAUGAGUUGGGAAAUUGUGUUAGAUGUAAAUAUAAACAGAAUACAAUGAUUUGCAAAUCCUUUUCAAGCCAUAUUCAGUUGAAUAUGCUACAAAGACAACAUAUUUGAUGUUCAAACUGAUCAACAUUUUUUUUUUGCUGCAAAUAAUCAUUAACUAUAGAAUUUGAUGCCGGCAACACGUGACAAAGAAGUUGGGAAAGGUGGCAAUAAAUACUGAUAAAAGUUAAAGAAUGCUCAUCAAACACUUAUUUAAAUGAUAAAUGGGUCCCACCUCCAAAGACAUGCACCUGGGGAUAGGCCCCUCCCACUUCCAAAGACAUGCACCUGGGGAUAGGCCCCUCCCACCUCCAAAGACAUGCACCUGGGGAUAGGCCCCUCCCACUUCCAAAGACAUGCACCUGGGGAUAGGCCCCUCCCACCUCCAAAGACAUGCACCUGGGGAUAGGCCCCUCCCACCUCCAAAGACAUGCACCUGGGGAUAGGCCCCUCCCACCUCAAAGACAUGCACCUGGGGAUAGGCCCCUCCCACCUCCAAAGACAUGCACCUGGGGAUAGGCCCCUCCCACCUCCAAAGACAUGCACCUGGGGAUAGGCCCCUCCCACCUCCAAAGACAUGCACCUGGGGAUAGGCCCCUCCCACUUCCAAAGACAUGCACCUGGGGAUAGGCCCCUCCCACCUCCAAAGACAUGCACCUGGGGAUAGGCCCCUCCCACCUCCAAAGACAUGCACCUGGGGAUAGGCCCCUCCCACCUCAAAGACAUGCACCUGGGGAUAGGCCCCUCCCACCUCCAAAGACAUGCACCUGGGGAUAGGCCCCUCCCACUUCCAAAGACAUGCACCUGGGGAUAGGCCUCUCCCACCUCCAAAGACAUGCACCUGGGGAUAGGCCCCUCCCACUUCCAAAGACAUGCACCUGGGGAUAGGCCCCUCCCACUUCCAAAGACAUGCACCUGGGGAUAGGCCUCUCCCACCUCCAAAGACAUGCACCUGGGGAUAGGCCCCUCCCACUUCCAAAGACAUGCACCUGGGGAUAGGCCCCUCCCACCUCCAAAGACAUGCACCUGGGGAUAGGUUGAUUGGCAACACUAAAAUGGUCCCUAGUGUGUGAAUGUGAGUGUGAAUGUUGUCUAUCUGUGUUGGCCCUGCGAUGAGGUGGCGACUUGUCCAGGGUGUACGCCGCCUUCCGCCCGAUUGUAGCUGAGAUAGGCGCCAGCGCCCUCCGCGACCCCAAAAAGGAAUAAGCGGCAUAGCUCGGUUGGUAGAGUGGCCGUGUCAGCAACGUGAGGGUUGCAGGUUCGAUUCCCGCUUGUGCCAUACUAGUCACUGCCGUUGUGUCCUUGGGCAAGACACUUUACCCACCUGCUCCCAGUGCCACCCACACUGGUUUAAAUGUAACUUAGAUAUUGGGUGUCACUAUGUAAAGUGCUUUGAGUCACUAGAGAAAAGCGCUAUAUAAACAUAAUUCAAUUUAAAAAAAAAACGGAUGGGUUUUACUUGUAUAGCGCUUUUCUACCUUCAAGUUACUCAAAGCGCUUUGACACUACUUCCACAUUCACACACACAUUCACACACUGAUGGAGGGAGCUGCCAUGCAAGGCGCUAACCACCAUCCAUCAGGAGCAAGGGUGAAGUGUCUUGCUCAGGACACAACGGACGUGACGAGGUUGGUACUAGGUGGGGAUUGAACCAGGGACCCUCGGGUUGCGCACGGCCGCGCUACCACUGUGCCACGUCGUCCCCACAUUUGGAACAUCCUACAGGUGUGCAGGCUAAUUGGGAACAGGUGGGUGCCAUGAUUGGGUAUAAAAGCAGCUUCCAUUAAAUGCGAAGUGAAUUAUAUUUAUAUAGCGCUUUUCUCUAGUGACUCAAAGCGCUUUACAUAGUGAAACCCAAUAUCUAAGUUACAUUUAAAGCAGUGUGGGUGGCACCGGGAGCAGGUGGGUAAAGUGUCUUGCCCAAGGACACAACGGCAGUGACUAGGAUGGCGGAAGCGGGAAUCGAACCUGCAACCCCCAAGUUGCUGGCACGGCCACUCUACCAACCGAGCUAUACCACACCCGUUUGACAAAUAAUUCACUAACAAGGACGGGGUGAGGGUCACCACUUUGUAAGCAAAUUGUCAAGCAGUUUUAGAAAAACAUUUCUCAACGAACUAUUGCAAGGAAUUUAAGAAUUUUACCAUCAACGGCCUGUAAAAUCAUCAAAAAGUUUAGAGAAUCUGGGGAAACCACUCCACGUAAGCGAUGAUAUUACGGACUUUUGUUCCCUCAGGCGGUACUGCAUCAAAAACUGACAUCAGUGUGUAAAGGAUAUCACCACAUGGGCUCAGGAACACUUCAUAAAACCACUGUCAGUAACUACAGUUGCUCGCUACAUCUGUAAGUACAAGUUAAAACUCUACUAUGCUAAGCCAAACCCAUUUAUCAACAACACCCAGAAAUGCCGCCGGCUUGGCUGGGCCCAAGCUCACCUAAGAUGGACUGAUGCAAAGUGGAAAAGUGUUCUGUGGUUUGACAAGUCCACAUUUCAAAUUAUAUUUGGAAAUAGAGGACAUGGUGUCCUCCAGAACAAAAAGGAAAAUAACCAUUCAGAUUGAUAUAGGCGCAAAGUGUAAAAGCCAGCAUGUGUGAUGGUAUGGGGGUGCAUUAGUGCCCAAGGCAUGGGUAACUUACACAUCUGUGAAGGCACCAUUAAUGCUGAAAGGUACAUACAGGAUUUGGAACAACAUAUGUUGUCAUCCAAGCAACGUUAUCAUGGACGCCCCUGCUUAUUUCAGCCAGACAAGAGUUACAACAGCGUUGUUUCUUCAAAUAGGAGUGUGGGUACUUUCCUGGCCCGCCUGCAGUCCAGACGUGUCUCCCAUGGAAAAUGUGUGAAGCGUAAAAUAGGACAGCGGAGACCCCGGACUGUUGAAGGACUGAAGCUCUACAUAAAACAAGAAUGGGAAAGAAUUCCACUUUCAAAGCUUCAACAAAUAGUUUCCUCAGUUCCCAAACGUUUAUUGAGUGUUGUUAAAAGAAAAGGUGAUGUAACACAGUGGUGAACAUGCCCUUUCCCAACUACUUUGGCACGUGUUGCAGCCAUGAAAUUCUAAGUUAAUUAUUUGCGAAAAAAAAAUGUUUGAGUUUGAACAUCAAAUAUCUUGUCUUUGUAGCAUAUUCAACUGAAUAUGGGUUGAAAAGGAUUUGCAAAUCAUUGUAUUCUGUUUAUAUUUACAUCUAACACAAUUUCCCAACUCAUGGAAACAGGGUUGGUAUAUAUAUCCAUGCAUCCAUUUUCUACUGCUUGUCCCUAUCUCAGCUGCAUUCGGGCAGAAGGCGGAGUUCACCCUUGGACAAGUCGCCACCUCAAUGGCGACUUUUUCAAAUGUUAUAAUCAGAUCGUAAAAUUCCCAUCUAGUAUAGCGAAAAUAUGGUCGGAUUACAAGAAUAUUUUAAUAAAUUUAUGAAGAAGAAGACAUGAUGAACCUUUUUGAGCAACCGCCACACAUUUAUGCUACAUUAUUUCAAUCAUUCGUAAGAAGCAGUGCCAGCUAGGGGUGCAACGGUACGUGUAUUUGUAUUGAACCGUUUCGGUACGGGGUUUUCGGUUCUGUUCGGAGGUGUACCGAACGAGUACACAUGCUAGCAGCGACCGGGCUAGGACAACAUGUAAAAGCCAGAGCUGGAAGACCCUCCUGCCUCGUUCAGAUCUCCCUUUUGGGAACACUUUGGCUGCACGAUACAACAAUGGAGGACGGAGGUUUGCCGACAACACGUCAAACAUGUGUUGCACCCAUCCUGCUUCUGGCUCCCAGACCGUAGUUGAGGAGCGCAGGGGACACACUCCUCCAGGGCUGAUGUAUUCUCGGGGACAACACCCUUCACUGUACCCGGCAGUGGGUCUCCAGGGUAAAUGAAGAGUCCGGCGAUUAGUUGCAAAUCGUGGCUUUACUCACUCCCGCUCUCUCACCUCACAUGCUGUCACAUAUUAAAGGGCCACACACAUGCUACUUUCAUAACACAUGCUAACCCAAUUGAAGCGUCGUCACCACCGCAUUCAAGCAGCCUCUCCUCGGCGAGUCAGGCAGGGCUAAAGCAAUAACAAAUGUUUUUAUAGCAGCAGAUUUAAGUCCAUUUUGCAUUAAAAAUUAGAUUUUGACCCACUUCUAUGGUGGAAGAACAUUGAGUCCAUAUAUCCUCUUAGUGCCAAGUUAGCCAGUUAAUCUGAGGCUGAGUUUACUUGAACUGUUUAAUGUUGCACUUUUUAUACGUAGAAGAAACGUUUUGUCAUUUUAUUUAAUCCGAGCAACAGCUUGAGGCAGUUUAACGUUGAUUAACAUGGACCACAACUUAAACAAGUUGAAAAACGUAUUGGGGUGUUACCAUUUAGUGGUCAAUUGUAGGGAAUAUGUACUGAACUGUGCUAUCUACUCAUAAAAUAAUCAAUCAAUCAAUAAAAAAAGCACUUUAUAUGUAGAAAGGUUUUGUUAAACCAUUCUUAGCCUUAUUUUAUUUAGUUUUUAUUUUAUAUUUGUUGACCACAUUAAACCUGGCAAUGGACCCUGCGUGAAAAUGUAUGUUAUGCAAUUAUUAUGCCAAAUUUGGUAAAUAAAUAACCAAAAAAUGUAUAUUUUGUUGUUUUCUUACUGUACCCAAAAUGAACCGAACCGUGACCUCUAAACCGAGGUACGUACCGAACCGGAAAUUUUGUGUACCGUUCCACCCCUAGUGCCAGCUGUUUGAAUCAUUUGAAAUAAAUCAUUAAAUCAGCAGACUGAGACAGUAGAAAACAUCCUUUUUUUAUUUGUCAUUGUUUUACAAUGAAAUGUACAAUACUCUUACAUUCCAUUUUUCAUUCAUUCUAUUAAAAAUAAAAUCUAUGUUCUUAUAUGGA